UGCUUACAUCUGACCAGUGAUUGGAGAAGGCUGACGCGGCCCCGACAUAUACGCAUCAUACGUUUGACUAAAGCAUUUAUCGUGACUCCUUAAAUAUUAGUCCAUAUAAGAUUAUACACAGCCAAGACGUACGUGUGAGCCACGGUGUGAAAACAUGAAGCUGUGCGCGUUUGUUUUGCUUCUAGCCUUUUGUUACGUUCACUGUCGUAAAACGUAUGCGCCAAUAGACAAGAAUGCGAACAUUGCCUUCAUUAAUAUGGAAGCUGGAGGUGCGCCGCCUCCUAACAUUAACCGUGCCCCGUCUCCUCAGAAAAACCCUUCACCUGCACCGGUAGUACCAGCGCCACAACCCGCAGCCCCAAGCCCGACAACAGCAAAGCCAGUGACCCCCAGUAUUCAACAAGCUCAUAUACCGACUACACCCGCUCCUGGUCCCCCUCCCAACCAAAUUAAACCCAAGCCCGUCAAUCCCAGCCCUGCUGCCAAACCUAUAACAACUCCUGGUCCAGGAACUGUCAAGCAACUCGUUAACUUCUACGAUAGCCAAGGAAAAGCAAGUCCGAUCCGACCUUACAGUUACAGUCAAGCAGUGAAGCAAGGUUAAUGUUAGAUGAUAAAUGGAUAUGAUAUCUGUGAACUGGAAAUUAAAACAAACUUUGGGUACAAAUAUUUCAUAAUCGUAAUAAACUUUAUAAUAUAA